CACAUUCAGGGUCAAUUCAUCACCCACGGGCGCCCCGACAGUUAUCUCUCCCAAGAUCAAUUCGAACAGUUAUGCAAUGACUUUCCCCGUAUCGAUUAUUUGGGAUGUGUAGUCAUGCUCAUCAAUAUUACCAGCGUUAAGGCAAACGAAAAGACUACAUAUCCCAGCAGGCUUUGCGGCGCAUUGCUUCGCUACACAGUGAGUGUAGUUCGCUCCACUUGGAAAUCCGUUCAUAAAUAAGUAAAUAGUUGGAUGUCAUGGCGGAAUCUGCAGCAUGUCCCGUUUUUCAGCUCGGAAAACCCCAAUACGACCAGAGUUCAUUCCUUGGUCGUCUGAGACAUUUUGUGAACAUCAUUGACCCCAGCACACUGUUUGUGUCAGAGACGCGGUUGACAGAAUGCAUCAAACUCCUUGAUGACUAUAAACACGGCACUCUUCCACCCGGAGUGUCUGAUAUCCAGCUGUGGGAAGCCCAGAAGAUCAAACAGGCCAUCAUUCAUCCCGACACAGGAGAGAAGAUCUUCAUGCCAUUUCGAAUGUCAGCCUACGCCAACAUCAAAGUUCCUUCAAGGCUAUGUAGGAGCUGUGACGAGCGCCGUUUCCAUCGCAGUGGGACUGAAUGUGCUGAUUCAGAGGGCCAGCAAGCUGAGUCCUGCCACCAGAAUGAUCAUUCAGAGAUUGGUCCCCUUCCCAGCUGUGGGUUGGUUUUCAAAGGCCGCUCUGUUUUCAUGAAGCUGCUCCUUACGGGGCCAUCUGCUGGUUUCAUUCGGUCCCUGACUGCAGCCCCAGUUUGUUCACAAGUGAUAAAGUGUCAUCUUCAUGGGAAUGAAUCGCAGAUUUCAGGGGCAGUUGACUGCUUUAGCUUCAUUUUUUCUAUGUUAUUUUUGAACAGCUAUUAUUACCAGUGCGUGUGUAUUAAAGUCUUGAUGCUUCUCCGUCCCUCCUCAGCAAGUGCCAACAUCUGCAACGUGGGUCUGAUGAGACACAGCGAGCUGGCUGAGGGCAUUGAUGUCCUGGACAGCAACGGCCGCGUGGUGGGAUCCUCCAAAAUUGCUGCAAGACACGCAAUAACAGAGACGGCCUUCACGCGCGUGGUCCUCCCGAUGCCAAUCUUUGUCCUUCCCCCCAUCAUCAUGUCCUAUCUUGAGAGGUUGCGGUUCCUGCAGAGCAACCGCAGAUUGUUGCUGCCCAUCCACAGCGUGGUGUGCUUGGUCACGUUCGGCCUGUCCCUGCCUCUGGCCAUCAGCCUGUUCCCCCAGAUGUCUCAGAUUGAGGUGUCUCGCCUUGAGCCGGAGAUUGCCAUAGCAACAGAUUGCAAGGUGGUGACCUACAACAAGGGUUUAUGAUGGAUGGUGAGAGGACGCGGUGCAAGGGAAGAAGGGAGGCAGCGCUGUGAAUAACUGUCUCCCAGAAUCCACUGCAGGAUUUAGGACCUGUCUGGUGGAUUACUGCCACCGUAGAGCCUGUAGGUCCCCGUAGGUCCCUGUAUACUUACACAACACCACUAAACCUGAUUUCUACUGUUCUCAAGAUCCCAGCACUUACAGGGUGUUUAUUUGUAGCUUGAAAAUGAAAAGAAGUUAGUCUUCUUUCCUGCUUUUUUGUGAAAAAGAAAUUAAUUUCUUUCCUGUAAAUCAGGUUUUAGCAUGAUUAAAUAAUCCAAUUUAAUGUGUUCCUCCUGUAUGGUAUACUCUGGAGAUCCAGCCAACUAUAAUUGAAGUGUGUUGAGAAGUUGAAUUUCAUAAUAUUUUUGUCUAAUUGCGGUUGGUAGGAGCUCGUUUCAGUAUUGAAGCAGACUUGUUCCUGCACUAUAAUCACAUCUAGUCGACACAGUUGCUAUCGGCUAUAAAACUAUAGUUGUUCUGAUGGUGUUAUUAACCAGCUGUUACUGCAUCCUGUUGAAUCAUCGCAUUAUUUAGCAGCAAGAGCUGCAUGGGGACCAACGUGUUGAGUAUUCACUCCUAAUUCAUACAGCUCUGCAGACCUGAGGGCAGCUGCAGCAUCAGGGGGUUCAUGUCUUUACCGGCCAUUCUUCACACACAAGUAAUGACAGCUUUCUGAGCUGCUUUAGUGUCCAUCACGAGCGCUGUCACAACAAACAACCUUACUAUUAUAUGUUAGACGGGAGAGGACUCUUCUUUUUUCAUUUGGUGCCAUCUGGUGUCCUUUCCUUCCUGUAACCCAGAAAUUUAUCAAAUUGUCAAACCAUCUUGAAGGAUGUCACAUAUUCUUAAAACGUCCAUGAGGACAGAAUCACACAGUAGGGAGUUGAAUUUAUUGUGAAUAUGGAUGAUUUCCAAAGUCUUUGUUUUCAACUGAGUCAACAUUCAGCCUUGAGGCUGAGAUUCCUUUUUCCAUUAAUCACUUUUCAGAAUUUGGUCCCUUCCUCCAUUUUCAUGUGAAUUAGGAGAGCAAAAAAGAGAAGGAGAGGAAUAACAGAUGGACUAGCUGAGGAAUGAGAUUGGUUUAUGUAAACCAGCCAGAAUAGCUCAUGGAAAUGAGAUGCAGUGCCACCGGCCAAGGUUGUGAUACAAACUGGGUUGCAUUUGAUUUAUGCGCUUCAUACUGAUAACAAUAUAUCAACACUCAUCCCAUUUUUAUAAGGAUCUUGCAAUGUAACAAACCAUGACCUGCAUGGAUUAGGAUGGUAAUUAGACGUUUAAGUCUUUUUGGUGCCCCCUGGUGGAGAACCGGGUGUACGACAGUCUUGUUUGGCGCCCCCUGGUGGAUAUUAUCUAUCAGUCACGCUGAUACUGAUUUAGGCCUCAGUCUCUUACACAGACAGCAGCUGGUUAAAGUUUCUGACUCACUGGAAACGUGAAGGCACAUUCAAACCAGUUUCUGAAGGCUCUGAAAGUUAAUAGGACAGAGGAGCUCCACAAAAGGACAGCAUACUUGAACUGGUGUUUCCCCUGAUUGCAUUUGAGCCGCCCACGGGAACGCUGAAAUAGCUUGUGGGUGAGUGAUAAGUUGGAUUCAAUUAAUCAUGAACUUCACACUUUUUAUGUUGUUUUUAUGCCAAUUAUUUUAGAGGCUGACAUGUCAAGGAGGAUAAUUCUUUCUGCUUUUUUUUUUUAAGCAGAUCAUCAUGUUUAAUUCAUAUUAAUUUGGCAUAAAUACCUUUUUUGACACAACCCUCCUCGUUAAUCCAGGCUUUGGGCCGGAUGGAUGAAGACAUUAAUAUAUCUGGGUAACAAACUCUUCUUUUAAUGGCUGUCAUCUUAUCAGGGUUUGAUGACUUUUAGUUUCCAUUGUUGAUCACAAAGGGUUUUCCUUCGUGCUUUAAGUUUCCUUCCUGAAUUUGGACCAAAUAAAUACCUGAUAAAAGCAGCUCCAUGAACCACUGCCUUCAAGAGUCAUGGAGGUCUUCAGAAACCUGCUGAUAUACGCAGUGGGAUCAACCGUAGCUGCAGCACUGACGUAGACUGAACGAUGAUAAACUGCCAACAAGGAAAACGACGCAGUCCCUGCACUGGAAAUGUCUGUGGGGAAACAUUCAUGCUCUACUACAGAAGUGCACUGAUUUGUAAGCUUUUCAAAGCAAAGUCUAGUCACACAAUGGAUGUUUUUAAAUCUACAUUGUGUGAUGUAAUGUACAAGUUUAUCAAACUGGUUGUAACUUUCUGUCUUAAAUCAUUUUGACUGUUACUACAACUUUAGAUGCAUCAACUUCUUUUGUGCAGUAAUUUAAACAUAGCUGGAACAUAUAUGAGAAACUGUGUUUUAAUCCUUUGUAUGAUCAUUUUGAUGCUCAGGUUUGAUAAAUGUUUGCCUGUCAAACUGUAUGAAACAUCUAUA